GCGCAGCGCUGGCUGCUCCGCCAGGGCAGCCUUGGGGCAACCGGAUCUUCUCAUUGCAGGGGCCCCCCCAGCGACCCCCUCCUGCAGCCCUAUUUCCCCUCCGGGCACGGCCCUCGGCACCACCACAGGCACGUCAGAGACUGUCAGCCCCUCAAGUACGGCAACGUAACGCACGAAGCUUGGCCCAGCGACAACAGGACGAGUGGCCCAGUGGCUACCACCAGAACGUUUGUUUCUUACAUCCCCCCAGGGGGGAAGGACCACAAGGUGGUCUAUGGCCACUUCACUUUUGUGAGGAACCCCCUGAGGACGUUCUCUGUGCUGGAGCCGGGCGGCGCGGGAGGCUGCCAGGCUCACCGCAGAGCCCCUGUGGAAGAGACCGCAAAGCUCGGGAAGUGUCUGGUGGCCCAGAACGGCGGGUACUUUGACAUGGGAACUGGAGAGUGCCUUGGGAAUGUUGUGAGCGAUGGAAAGCUGGUGAGAAACUCUGGAGGCCUGCAAAACGCUCAGUUUGGCAUCCGGAAGGAUGGCACCAUGGUGUUCGGUUACCUGUCUGAGGAAGAUGUCUUGGAUCAAGCAAACCCUUUUGUGCAGCUUGUGAGUGGGGUAGUUUGGCUCCUAAGAGAUGGAGAAGUGUAUAUCAGUCAGAGCCAAAUGGCUGAGUGUGAUGAAAUUCAAACCACAGGAACCUUUGACAAGUUCAUCAAUGUGAUAUCAGCCAGGACUGCAGUUGGACAUGACAGGCAGGGGCAGCUGGUCCUGGUUCAUGUGGAUGGACAGACAGAAUCCAGAGGGGUCAACCUCUGGGAAAUGGCUGAAUUUCUGAAGGAGCAGGGAGUCAUCAAUGCUAUCAACCUGGAUGGUGGAGGCUCUGCAACGCUAGUCUUAAAUGGGACCCUCGCCAGCUACCCGUCUGAGCACUGCUCCUUUGACAACAUGUGGCGUUGCCCUCGGAGCAUCUCAACCAUCAUGUGUAUCCAUGAGCCCGUCUGCGAGCCGGCUGACUGUGGUGGCCACGGUGCCUGCGUGGAAGGGGAAUGUCACUGCACCAGCACCUUCUGGACAGGUCCAGCCUGUGACACCUUGGACUGCGGCCCUUCCAACUGCAGCCUGCACGGCAUCUGCACCAGCUCUGGAUGCCUGUGUGACGCUGGCUGGACUGGCAGGGACUGCAGUGAAGCUUGUGCCAGCGGUUUCUAUGGGGACUCUUGCACCCAGAAAUGCCAGUGCCAGAACGGUGGUUCCUGUGAGCCAGUGCAGGGAGCCUGUUCCUGCCCGGCCGGGUACUACGGCACCAGCUGUGAGCACGAGUGUCCCAUGGGCUGGUAUGGGCCAAACUGCCAGAACCAGUGUGCGUGUGAACACACGUGUCCCUGCGACCGGGAGACAGGCAGCUGCAACAUCACCUAUGACUGGGCAGUACAGAACCAGUUAAACAAAGCUGGGCGUUGUUUGGCUUCCCAGAAUAAGGGAAGAAGCAAGGAAAAAUUCUCUCUUUCAGAGAAAACCUGCAUCUCCCUGACCUCUGUCUUGGCUCUGCUUCUGGCGAUCAGCGCCAUGGGAAAUGUGGGCCUCUUUCUGAAGGGCAGGUCGGAGAGGCUCCAUGAGCGCGGUGAUUAUCUCUACCACCCCCUGAGGGAGAUGAAUGGGGAAGCCACUCACACCUCCACAUCGGCUGCUUGUGAGACAGAGGAUACUCAGGACCAAAGCCAAGAGCUCCUUUAUCAUCUCGGAUGAGAUGAGCUGCCAGAAGCCAGCAUGCUCUGCCCAGGAGUCUGGAGCUCUCCCGCCUCGGGGAGGGAAGGGAAGAGGCAGCAUCAGCCUGGCAGGGCUGGGUGGCACUGACCGAGCCAAGGGCUGGCCUGGCCUGGCCCCUGCUGCUGGAACUGCCCUUCCCUCAUCCGAGGGAACCGCUGCCCUGAAGCAACCCAAGAUCCUGAACAUCUUGGCUGGAAGUCAGACAUUUUACUAGAAUACAUCCUUGCACAAUGCAUUUUAAAAAAAUAUUGGAGUUUGCUUCCAUGGGAGGGAAAACUAGCCUUGAAUGUGCUACUUUAAUGCUGCAAAGGGAGUUUUAACGCCUGUCUGAGCCUGAAUAUGAACCUUUUUAUGCACUCUAUCUCUCCCUGUAAAGGAUAUGGAAUUUUUAUGCCGUUCUUGGUGUCAAAAUCAACCUGUAAACAGAAGAUUCUAUUUUUCUAUUAUUUACAGAAGACUCUUUGAAACUUGAAUAAAGUCUAUUAGUGAUAA